UUAACAUAAAAAAAAACAAUAAAUACAUUGCAUUGUGUCUGAAAACCCAAAAAUAUUAUUCGAUAGCAAUGUCUCUUGCAACCACAAUGAUCGCCAUCUUUCUUCAAAUCAUUACAUAUUUUCUCAUUACCACCACAGCCUCAUCACCUCAGGGCUUCACUAUCGACUUGAUCCACCGUCGCUCCAAUGCAUCUUCUUCUCGAGUCUUUAAUACUCAGCUCGGAUCACCUUACGCUGAUACCGUCUUUGAUACCUACGAGUACCUGAUGAAACUACAAAUCGGUACUCCUCCUUUCGAGAUCGAAGCUGUCUUAGACACCGGAAGCGAGCACAUAUGGACACAAUGUUUGCCUUGUGUUCACUGCUACAACCAAACCGCUCCCAUAUUCGACCCUUCCAAAUCCUCAACCUUCAAAGAGAUAAGAUGCGACACACAUGAUCACUCUUGUCCUUACGAGCUUGUCUACGGCGGCAAAAGCUACACCAAGGGAACCUUAGUGACCGAGACAGUCACGAUCCAUUCCACUUCAGGGCAACCCUUUGUGAUGCCUGAAACAAUUAUUGGUUGUGGCCGCAACAACUCAGGGUUUAAACCGGGUUUUGCGGGCGUUGUUGGUCUAGACAGAGGACCUAAAUCCCUCAUCACUCAGAUGGGCGGUGAGUACCCAGGUUUGAUGUCUUACUGUUUUGCUGGUAAGGGAACUAGUAAGAUCAAUUUUGGAGCGAAUGCUAUUGUGGCAGGAGAUGGGGUUGUAUCAACUACUGUGUUCGUCAAGACCGCGAAACCAGGUUUCUAUUACCUAAACCUAGACGCGGUCAGCGUUGGGAACACCCGCAUUGAGACAGUGGGGACACCCUUUCAUGCCUUAAAAGGGAACAUAGUGAUAGACUCUGGAAGCACUCUCACGUACUUUCCUGAGAGCUACUGCAACCUAGUAAGAAAGGCAGUGGAACAGGUUGUGACAGCGGUUCGAUUCCCGCGCAGUGACAUUCUUUGCUACUAUUCAAAGACCAUAGAUAUCUUUCCGGUGAUCACAAUGCAUUUUUCUGGCGGUGCGGAUCUUGUCUUGGAUAAGUACAAUAUGUAUGUGGCAUCGAAUACAGGAGGAGUUUUUUGCCUGGCUAUUAUAUGUAAUAGUCCAAUAGAAGAAGCUAUCUUUGGGAACAGAGCACAGAACAAUUUCUUGGUGGGUUAUGAUUCUUCUUCACUGCUGGUUUCUUUCAAGCCCACCAAUUGUUCUGCUUUGUGGAAUUGAAGUAACAAACCCUAGAGAGUCUCUUUUCCAUCAUUUUCAACUUCAGUUUGUUUUUCUCGGUUAACUUCAGUUUGUUAUUUAUAUAUAUCUUAUCAAAAUAAAAGCAUAGACCAUGGAUAUGUUUAUAUGAAUAAUAUGCAAAGUUACUU